AUGACCAUUGUCCUUGAAGAUGUCCAAAGAAUACUAGGUUUAGAGGUCCUUGGGAAAGCCGUCAAGGAAGGAGAUGACUGUAAGGAGCUAGGAUGGGACAAGAUCUAUGAGCUGACUAAAAAGUUGUUUGGGUGGGACAAGGAAACGACUAUGGCAAAUAUGUAUAAGACAGACCGUACCCGGACAAAGACUAUCACAUUUGUCAAUCUCGUUCGAUUGUUUGGGAAUAUGGAGGGCAGGGAAUCGAAUCCCGAACAAGUUCGGCAAACUGCCGCUGCUUAUCUGCUGUUCACCUUGGGCUCCGUUAUAUUCCCCGACGCUAAUGGUAACAUGGUGCAUAUGAACUAUCUACAAUACUUGGAUCCUUUGGAUAGGGUCCAUGAGUAUUCAUGGGGCACUUCUUUCCUGGCACAUUUUUUGGCAGAAAUGCGUAGAGCUUCUAAGGCGAACGCCCAUCAAUUUAAUAGUUCUUUCACUUUAAUUCAGGUACAGUGA